AUGAAACGCGCAGCAGAACAACUCAUUCAUUCUCAGUUCAUGCAAGAAAAGAAACUGCAACCGAUAAUAAAUGAAUUUUCAUCGCAAAACGUUCAAGGCGAUAGUCAAGAAGUAAUUAAUCAUUCUAUGUCUAAAUCAAAUACGGCUGAACGUCAAGGAAAUUUGAAUUCAGCAAAUCCGAAAGAAUCGAGAAAUAAAUCACGCUUGGAAAUGAAAUAUAUGGAAGCAAUGCCGUUAGAGGAAUUUGCAACAACCGAGCAUUUGGACGCGUCCCUUCUCAUGAAUCCAUGCACUCAAAAUAAUGAAUCCUUUGUUUACAAUUUAGAUAACAAAGUGGAUACAGAAAAAGAAAAAAAAAUUUGUACACAUAACACAUGUGAGGUCAUAGAUCCUAUAGUGUUAAUUGAUGGUAAGCCAGCAAAACAAGGCGCGGACUUAGAUAAACAAAUAACACUUUUCUACCAAAUGGAAUGUUGCAUUUGUCACGGGAAAGGAUUCGACUUUAAAUCAUUAAUGAAACAUUACAAAGAAAGACAUGGUGUACCUGGUUAUGUGACGUGCUGCGAAAAAAAGUUUCAUUAUUUCUAUCCUAAGAAAAUAAUAGAACACAUGGCGUAUCAUCUUCAACCAAACAUAUUUAUGUGUCAAAGCUGUCAUCAAAACUUCCACUCCUCACAAGAGCUAACUGAACACGAAAGCAACGGUGGAAAAUCCGAAGGCAAAAUCACUUGUCCUCGUUGUUCAGAGCGGUAUCCCACGUACCGCGAGCUAGGCCGACAUAUUAUCACGCAUCGAGCCGAUAAAUCACAGUGUGACUACUGUGGCAAAACAUUCAAGCAUCAUCAUAGGAAGAAAACGGUGAACCGCAUGGAAAACUUACUACUAUGCUCACAUUGUCUCCGUACAUUGAAAAAUAUAGAAAAACACGAAAAGGAAAAAAAAGAAAAGUUAAAAUCGAAGAGCAACGAUACAUCAAAACAAGAAAAGUACCGAAAAUUUCAUCAGGCAUUGGAAAUUUCGAGCAAUGAUGAUGCUUCAACGGAAUAA